AUGAGACCAUCUCUAGUACGCCUCGUGAGGCCUCGUCGUCCUGAAAGGAAGACACCACCCCUUUUACCUCCUUUGAAGCUCUACCGGUCCAUUUUGAGAGCUCACAGAACUAAAUUACCUGCCGAGCUCCGAUUCUUGGGCGAUGAAUACGUCAAGGCAGAGUUCAAGGCCCACAAGAGCACCGAUAACGCUCUUCAUAUCGUUGGGUUCUUGACCCAAUGGCAAGACUACUUGAGAAGUAUUGACGGUGGAACUUGGCAGGAGGGUAAAAUGACUCAACUGGACUUGGACAAAAUGUCACCGGAGCAAGUGUCCCAACUCUACGAGUUGAUGCAAGAGACCAAGAGAAUUGGCCAGCAGUGA